AGCGCUGGGGCUGCAGGUGGGUGUUGGGCUCCGGGAUGGUCCGGUCCGGUUGUGGGGUUCUGUUCUACAGCGAUGCGGCUGUGUGCUGGGCUCCUCCGGGUAUUGAGAUGCGUUUAAUAGCUCUACAGCCUGCUUUCACCCUCCCCCCCCUUCCUCCCAGCGCUGCUGAUAGAAUCAACCCUCUUAUUGAAGAAAUGGUGAGGAUAAUAAUGUCAUCGUUGCGCUUUUUAAAGGAUGUUGCCCUUUUCGGAGGUGUAAUUCAUAGAUGCAAUACGUGCCGUGUAUCCUAAGGGCAAACAUUUAGUUUUGAGGCAUGAUUGGAAGAAGCCCCCACCUUUUGGGUGUAGGGAGAUGUGUAAAUGUCGCUCCUCCUUCUCCCGAUGCUCCGCUCCCUUCCGUCGCUCUGGAUUCCUCCUGCCUCACCCACCCUGACCCGGACGCCUCGAGCUCAGCUGCUGUCACCGGUCGGAGCGGUUCGUCGUGUCCGUGUUUCAUCUCCCCGUGCUCCCAUUAGAACAUAAUGGCUUUGUUUAUCCCGCCCGAGCCCUGCUGGUGACGCUUAAAACAGGCCGGGCUGGACGGCUGUGAGUCAGCCCCGACCCCGCACCACGUGCGGUCUUCCCGGUGUUCUUCACCUCCAACGGGACCGGUGACACUCGGUGACACAGCUGUGACACGGCUGGAAGAGGUGCCAUGACUCAGCUCCUUCUGAGCUCUCAGCUAGAACUAUACAUACCUCGUAUUCCAGGAUGCUGCUUGCCCUGCCCCUGCGGGCAGCCUGUAGCCUGAUGGCCUGGCUUUCCCUCUAUGCCUGGUUCUGCCAUCGCUACAAGCACCGGAGCUAUGAAUGGAGCUGCAGGCUGGUCACACUGACCCACGGCAUCCUUGCUACGUGUCUCUCUGCUUACAUUGGCUUUAUCGACGGCCCCUGGCCUCUGAGUCACCCAGGAUCCCCAAACACAACCCUGCAGGUUCACGGGCUGUGCUUGAGCCUGGGCUAUUUCCUCUUCGACCUCUGCUGGUGUGUGUACUUCCAGACGGAGGGUGCCCUGAUGCUGGCCCACCACCUGGUGAGCAUUGUGGGCAUCACCGCAUCGCUGGCGCUCGGUGAGUCGGCCGCCGAAGUCAACGCAGUCAUCUUUGGCAGCGAGAUCACCAACCCACUGCUCCAAGCUCGCUGGUUCCUCAAGGAGAUGGGCUGCUAUCACAGCCUCGCUGGGGACAUGGUGGACUUCUUCUUCGUGGUGCUAUUCACUGGGGUGCGGAUUGGGGUGGGGGCUUGGCUGAUGUACUGCGAGCUGGCCUCGCCAAAGCCCCGCUGGUACAUCAAGCUGGGUGGUGUCAUCAUGUACGCUGUCUCCUGGGUCUUCAUGGUCAGCAUCUGCCGCUUUGCCCGGAGGAAGAGCAUGAAGAAAUACCACGCGUGGAGAAGCCAGAGGGGUGAGGAGCUGAGCCUGAGAACAAACGGGCAUCUGAAAAGCCACUGAUGCUGAGUAAGGACUUCCUUGAGCUCACGGGCUGGCAAGGAGGGGAUCGUGCCUGAGAUGCCGCUGUCGGGAGAGAAGCCAGCACACGUUGGCAGUUCUGGAGCCAAACUUAUUCCUGGCAUAACUCCAUUGAAAUGUAAUGGUGGAGCUAUGCCAUGGGAUCUGCAAUGCUUGGCCUGGCAGAGGCUGGCUCAGCACGUGUGUAAGCACACCUUAAAUUAUAUGACGGAAAGAAGGGCUACUGUUACCUCCUCAACACAACUGGUCCAGCAGCGUGGGUGUGCAUAGCAGUGCUAGCAGCUCACUCCUUCAGCACUGGUGUGAUCUUGGAAGAAAUGGGAAUAUAGCACUAGAUGUUGGUGUUCCGUGUUCUGUACAGUCUAGGCAGCUAGAUGACACUUUGUCCUGCUAGGAAGAAGCAGGUUGGUGUGUUUUAUGGGAGCUGGGGUUCCUGGCUCAUCCUUCAGCCUGUUGGGUGACCUUGGGCAAGUCACUGAACUUCCUAACCCGGUGCCUCAUUUCCCCAUGUGUGAAUGGGGGGGAAGGGGUGAUGUUUCCAUCUGUUGUGCACUUUCAGACCUUUACUCCAGAGGUGCUACAGAAACACAAAAUGAUGGUUGUAUCCACUUUGCUCUUUAUCCCAGUGUUUCCUUUGGGAGAAGUGGUUGAGCUACCCUUCCUAACUCCAUUCUGUCACUUAUUUGCUAACAUAAGGAUAACUCAGCAGCUCUGCUCAGUGUGAGCGCCUUGCAGGACUUGGUGCUCUGAACCCAAAAGGUGCCACCCUUGAUGUGGAGCAUUUUGGGGACCUUCUCCCUCCUCUUCACCCUGACUGUUAAAGCUCUCCAGCCACACAUUCCUGCCUUUAGCUCUCUGGGUGAGCAGCGUUAUCCUUUAGCAGGAGCCCCAUCAGGACUUGCAGUUAGAGCGAGCAUUGAUGUUCUUCCCUAGGACUGUAGGUAUCUGUUUUGACAUCCAGGGAUGUGUGGUGAGGGAAUGUCCAGAACACAUCCCCUAAAUAUGCUGCUUAGGGUGAGAUGUUACAAAGCAAGGCUUGUCAUCUGCCUAUUGGGCUCCAGCAUGGAAUCCCAGCCCCAAGGUAGAAGUACAAAGCUGUAUGGAGCACAGGGUGGGAUCUGCCCUCAGGCCAACCUGCAGGCUGUAAAAGGGAGCUGCAGAACUAGCGUGAAAUAAUAACUCGUGUUUGAAUUACUGUGUAAUAGCAACUAAUGUUCCACCAGUGAAUGGUGUAGAAGCUUUGUAUGAUGUUUUAUAAAAUAAAGAUUAUUUAAUUACAUGA